CGUAGUCUUCAUCCUACCCAGUACCCCCAGUAGUACUAUCUAGUACUCACAGAGUAAGUAAGAUCGGGGAAAGCACUUGGCCGGCCGAGACCCGCGGGCAGCGGGGCGGGAAAAGCGUUCUGCCUCCCCCACCUCCCAAACGUUUCUCCGCCAUCCCGCGCCGCCUUAAAACAUUCGUAUUUCUCCAAUCCUCAUCCUCCUGUUGCAGAAUUGAUUAUCUCCAAUUUCCAUACAUACAAUCCAUCUCAUUGCUAGCCAUUGCUUCUAACCCACCAUGACAUCCACAUCCACGCAACCCGAAGAACCCAUCACCAUCCCGGCCGAUCGCGAUGGCGUCGCCUACCUAUACGGCCAUCCAUUGCUGAAUUCGCUUUCUCCGCCUCUCCACGCCGCCAUCUACGGGCAUCUGGGUCGCAAUUGGAUUCAGAUCCCUUUGUCGAGUGUGUGCGGGACAUCCGAGACGUAUCCGCCUCCGUAUACGCGGUCGCCGCCUAUCGACAAGUUCCUGGAGUCGAUUCGUGCCAAUGACAAGUUUGUGGGCUCGUCGGUGACGAUGCCGUGGAAGGUGGCGAUUAUGCCGCAUUUGGAUGAUUUGACGGAGGAUGCGAGACAGGCGGGGGCUUGUAAUACGAUUUUCAUUCGGAAGAAUGAGGAUGGUUCGCGUGCUUAUGUCGGGACGAAUACUGAUUGUAUUGGUAUUCGGGAGGCGCUGGUGCAGAAUAGUCCCAACCCGGCGGGGUUUCAGGGUAAGCCGGCGUUGGUGGUUGGGGGUGGGGGUACUGCGCGCUCUGCUAUCUAUGUUAUGCGCAAGUGGCUGGGCGCCAGCAAGAUUUACAUUGUCAACCGGGAUAGUGCUGAGGUUCAGGCUAUUCUGGAGGAGGAUGAGCAGCGGAAUCCGAGCGCUGAUAAGGCUCCUCUGAUUCAUGUCACUGAUCCGGCUGUGGCUCAGACGCUUGAGACCCCCGCUGCUAUUGUGUCGGGUAUCCCCAAUUACCCGCCUAAGACGGAGGAGGAGAUCCGGGCUCGUCAGGUCCUGCAGGCCCUGCUGGGGGCGGCGGAUGACCAGAAGCCCAAGGGCGUCAUCUUGGAGAUGUGCUACCACCCCGUCAUCUGGACCCAGAUUGCCGAGUUGGCCUCGGCUGCGGGCUGGAAGGUCAUUGUCGGUUCCGAGGCCUUGCUCUGGCAGGGGCUGGAGCAGGCUCGUCUGUGGACGGGAACCGAUGUGGUGGCUGUGCCUGGCUUGCUCGACAUGGUGAAGGGGGUCGUGGCCAAGAACCUCGAGGACCGCCAGAAGUCCAGUCUGUGAUUUGCUGUUUUCCUUCCCGAAGUUCCUUCCGACGACAUGUUUUCAUGAUUCCUGUAUAGACUUUAGCAUACCCGGAGCAUUGCUUGUGUUAUCAAAAAAGGCUAGAGAGAGCCCGAGGGGUGGCAUGACGUAUGUCUCUGAUUGGCAUGCGUGGUCUGGCUGCUGUAUAUAGUGCAAAUCUCUCGUUCUAUCA